AUGUAAGAUCUUAGGUGUACGACUGCUGAUCAUAACAAAAAAAAGUUUGUAUCCAUUACUCUUCAGAACGAGGCUGAAAAAAGACUGUUCUGCUUUCAGUGUUAAAGUGAUGCUAGUGGUGCAGAUUUUACAAAAUCGCAAAUAGUAAGCAAACUUAAACUUUGCGAUUUGGAUGAAGUUAUGGAAGGAAAUGCCUAUUCUGUAUACAAUUGGCCAGCUGAUGAUGAAGGUAACAAAGUCAAGGAAUUCCUCCUUUAAUAUAAGGUAACUAUUGAAUGUAACUUUCUUUAGAGCGUCGAAUAAUAAAGGAAGGAUGUUGAGGAUUUCUUCGUUUAGAUGAAAGCCAAAUUGAAUGAGUAAGUGGAGAAUGUCAAACAACUAUUGGUGGAAGCACUUAAUGCAACUUAAUUCAUUAAGGAUGAAAAACUAAAAUAGGAGGAGCCAGAGAAGAAGGAUGCCAAAAAAGAUGACAAAAAGGAGACUAAGAAGGAUGAUAAGAAGGAAACAAAGAAGGAUGAUAAGAAAGAUACAAAAAAGGAUGACAAAAAGGAAGAGAAGAAAGAUCUUAAGAAAGAAGACGAGGAAUUGGAUUAAACACCAAGCAUUGAAAACCUUAAGAAAAAUUAUGAUGCCAUCUAUGAUCUUACUAAAAUCAAGACACUAAUCAAGGAAAAUGCUAAGAGUGAUCCAAAUCUCUUGAGUGCCAAAAUCAAUGAAUACUUAAACGAUAAAAGAAGAUCUGAGUAAAUCAUUAACAUGAGAAAAGUGUUCUAAGGACUCAUGUCAGGGAAAAAUGGAUUCAAUUAGAUAGCAUCCAACAAGCAGUCCUUAGAAAGUUAUUGGGAAUAAAUUUAAUCUAGCAUCUAACAAUGGCCUUAUAAAUUUGGGAGACUCCAAUGGAAAUUCAACCCUUCUAAGGCUGAUGAGUCCAAGCAAAUCAAAUAGUUGGCAGAAGACUAUAAAGAAUGUGCUGGAGCUGGAUUUCAAUCUUAAAUUAUUUAUUCUGAAGCAAGUUUUAGUGAAGGACAACAUGGUUGUAUAAUCUUAUUUAAAGAAUUCGAUCAAAAGAGAGCUGGAGCUAAUGGGAACUUCUAUGUAGGUGUUGUAGAGGAAGAGUAAAAAGACAAGUCUCCUUAUGGUCAUGGCUAUAGAAAAGACUUGUUUAGUCAAAAUGGAGCAGGAUUGAAUGUAAGAAUUGGAACUGAUUUCAAUAAUGUAUUUAAAAUGCCUCCAAAACUGUUGGCUGUUAAAUUGGAUGUCGAUAACAACUACUUUGAAGUCUGCGAUGGCAAACGGACAGUGGUUUAUGGGUUGGAUAAGGAAAGCAAAUUGAAGGAGAAAAAGUGGAGAAUCUAUUUCUGGUGGAAUUUAGCGGCUGAUAGAAUCUAGUUAAUUCACAGUUAUUGA